AUGAAUAAGCCGUGUAUCUACCCCGGCCGACUGCCCGCAGGCUACCACGAUCUCGUUAAUGAAAAUUUCCCUGCGCCGGAAGAGUACAUUUUACCCCAAGGCGUGGAGACUCUACAGUCCACAGCGACGAUGUCACUGUCUUUCUCCACCGACGCUGGUCUGCAUGUGGAUCCGACUCUGGACUCCCUCGCCGUGGAUUCCUUGCAUUCGCUGUCGGACUGGGUCGAGAAUGCGCCCGAUACCUCAUUACUUUCAUUUUUCACAACGCAAGGAUACUGGUCGCAAUCAGACCUUGUUGUUGCUAUCCCCAGGGCAAGGCCUUUACGCCCUCUUUCGGAAAUUGUCGCCUCUCAUCUGCAAUUUGCCAUAGAUAACCUCAAAAAUACGCCGAAGAUAAUGGUACUGGAAAAUCAAACUCCAUGGUGCCACCAACAACUGUAUAAAAGCUAUAUGCCGAAGGUCAUGCAGGAUGCCUACGCCUGCUGCUCCCUAUACAUGUCCAAAAACGAUAUCAACGCUCCGGUAAUCAUGUCACUAUUCGACGCACGCACCCGCGAGCUCUUAUCAAUGUCCGAGCCAACCGAACCAAUCGAGAUACUCGCGCGUGUCCACGCCCUGAUCCUGUACCAAAUAAUGCGACUCUUCGACGGCGACAUUCGCUCCCAUGCCACCGCCGAUGCUCUCUUCGCGACACUAGAAUUAUCAGUCCUCACACUGAUGUCCAUAAUUCCAGUUCCAAACCCCUCAGGCCCAACAGAGCUUCUCCCCCCAUCCGUGGAAGGUACCGCGAUAUUCUGGCAAAUUUGGGUUCUGCAAGAAUCAGCGCGCCGAACUAUUUUACUCACAUUUUACUUUAUUCAAAUAUAUAAAGUGCUUCAGGGGAAAGUGCCCGUGACUUGUGACGGGAAGCUCGGACUUGAACACUCCUGGUAUCUCUCAGGUCAUCUGUGGAAUUCUCAGAGCGCCUUUGAUUUCGCGGUCGCGUGGACCGAGCAACAGCACCAUAUUGUCUAUAAUCUCAAUUUUGAGCCGGUGUUACAAAGCGCGCACCCGGAUGAGGUCGAUUUAUUUGGGAGAAUGUUGCUGGUGACUGUGCUUGGUAUUGACAAGGCUAAGGCAUGGUUUUAUACAAGAGGUGCUAUUCUAUAA